AUGUUGAUCAACUACCAAAAAGUGACAAACUGCUAUACUGAUUUAUUACAGGUUUAUAUUGAUGUUGUAAAAGGUCAAAAAAUAUUAACAAUAGAAGAACAAUUACUAAAAAGAAUUAUGGCUAAAAUUAUCAAUACAAAGUAUGAAACUUCAACAAUUUGUAGUGAAUCAACAAAAACAACAAAUUUGUCAUCUUCUGGAUCUAGUUAUUCUAUGGUUGGAGCUGAAGUUUGGGUUGGAUCAAAACCAUCAUUUAUACCUUCCAAAAUUGGAUUUGCUGUUCCCCUCCUCCACCUACAUCCUUUAUCGUCGUCAUCAUGGCUGUAUUAA